AUGUCGUCACAGCAGCUAGAUGCCUUCGAGGCUAGUCACGCCGUCGCUUUACAAGCAUCUUCACAUUCCCCGCGCCAUCUUCCCAGUCUCACUCUCGAUAUGGUAAAACUGUUCUUAAACAGACGGAGAAACCUCAAUGGAACGUCCACCGAACUUAUCGCACGUCUUCUUGAAGUUGCUGAGGGGUGUUUUACAACUCAUGAAUAUCUCAGUCUGUUCGACGAUGUGAACAUACCUUCGCACCAUGUCGAUACGCACUUUCAGUUCAUCCAAGCGUUUCUUUCUGAGCCAUACCUGGGAGCCAUUUAUGUAUCGGAAAUUGAAGUAUCUCGUCUCUAUCAGGAGGUUGUCAUAGAGGGUGUCACAGAUCCGGCGAAGAGAGCUCUGGUCUUUGCGUCCAUGGCCAUUGGCAAUCUUAAUUGUUCAAAAAGCAGUCGUUCCAGCCCGACAACUAGUAAUGAUACCGGCGGGAAUUCACAUUACCAGGAGGCCUUAUUGGCAGUGGAGAAGAUGUUUGUUGCUAGGCCGUCGAUCUUGGUCUUCAAGGCUUUACUCACGACGCUUGUCGCCACAUUGCAAUACAGGGUAGAGCAAACUUCAUGCGUGUUAGGUCUCUGCGUCUCCUGCGCUCAGGCCUUGAGACUCAACAACAUGGCUGCAAUCCGUCAAUUAUGCCAGACUGACAGCGAGAUCAAUCAACUUCGACAAGCCUUCUGGCUCCUAUACUGCAUCGAAAAAGCAUUUAGAAUGCGAUCAGGACAAUUUUCUUCAAUAAGCGACGCUUUCAUCGACCAUAAUCCCUUGACCGACUGCGACAAAACCGGGACUACCUCUUCAAUUUCUCGAGAUUUCCACGCUCAUUGCCGGCUAUCUCAGCUCUGCUCUCGCAUGUCCGAAGACCUCCACAUGGCAGGGGACGCUCGUGACCCGAACUUAGUUACCAAAGUGAGCGAUCGUGCCGAGAAGUGGAUUGUGGUUCUUCAAAGAUUCAACUCAGAGGUGCUCGAGACAAAGGGGUGGGCAGAUCAUAUCUUUGCUUGGACUUCCAACAGUACACACCCCGACACAUCAAAGGUGUCGUGUCCCGUUUCCAGCUACCCAUCCAAGUUGUUUCUUUUUGAGAUGGCUCUCUUCGCCUACGGACGGCUGUUUCAAAAAGCGGGGACGGACAUUUCUCUUGACAAGUCGGAACAUAUCAUUGCGCAAUUCGCAUCCGAGGUUCUUAACGUCAUUGUCAAUAUGGAUCCCAGUACCACCAGGAUGAACCGCCACUUUAUUCAAGUCGCGGUGAGCUCAUUUUGCAUCACAGCAGCCUUUUCUCACUUGCACCCUGAUCAGGCAACGAUUUUCAAACAAUUGGUGUCAACAUUGGGUCUGUUUGCGCGAGUUUCUACGACGUCAUCCGUUGUUUCUCUGGGAAAGCUUAGCUCCGUGGUUGACAGCGUUCAACGGCUGAUGACACCAGAUACCCAGCGGAGUUCGCAAGGUGUUUAG